AUGAGAGAAGAUUUUUUAAAAUUUGUUCCUGUUAGUGAUGUCACUGGAAAGGGAUUAGCGACUACUCUUCUGACAACUUUGGAAGAAAUCGGGAUUGAUGUGAAAUACCUACGUGGUCAAGGGUAUGAUGGGGCUGCAUCCAUGAGUGGACAAUUCAAUGGCGUCCAAGCUCAUAUUACUAAACAUUACCCUCUCGCACAUUAUAUACACUGUAGUUCCCAUAGUCUCAAUUUGGCUAUUUCAGAUGCUUGUAGCAUUCAGUCUAUAAGAAAUUGCACUGGAACUAUCCAAAAAGUUUGUGUUUUUUUUAAAUACCCCAAAAAAAAUAAUGUUUUAUCUGAAUCAAUAGCACGUGUAUGUCCUUUAUCGACCCAUAACCGUUUGAAACUGUUAUGUCCAACAAGAUGGGUAGACAGACAUGAUUCAAUAAUUAUUUUCCUCGAAUUAUUUGAUGCAAUAAUUGAUAGUUUAUCAGAAGUUUGUACUUGGCUUGAUAAGGAUGCUUCAUCAGGAGCAUACCAAUUGUUGUGUGCUAUAAGACAACCAGAAUUUAUAUUAGCAACUUAUAUACUGGGACAUAUGUUGAGUUUGAGUUUACCGUUAAGUAAGUUUCUUCAGACAAAGAAUAUAGAUCUGGUUGAAGCUAUUCAAACCGCUGAUGACGUAGUAAAUAUAAUUAAACGACUAAGAUUAAACGAUAAAACUGAAUUUAAAAUUAUAUUUAAUAAUGUAAAAUCUAAAUGUGAUGCCUUAAACAUUGAAAUAUCUGUUCCUCGUACAGCUAACAAGCAAAAAAACAGAUGCAAUGUCCAGGUUGAUCUGCCCGAAGAUUAUUACAGAAUAUCUUUGUUCAUUCCGUUUGUAGAUCAUUUUUUAAAUCAAUUAAAUGAUCGAUUUUUAUCUCAUAGAUCUGUAAUUGAAAAUUUUAACUUUAUUUUACCAUCAUCCAUAAGUGUACAUAAUGAAGAAAAAAUUAAGCAGCUAGUUGAGAUGUAUCAAAGUGAUUUAGAUUGUAGUGUGUUAGCAGCUGUGAGUGAAAUAAAAAUUUGGCAACAAAAAUUUACAGGAACUAAAGAUUUACCAAAAAAUGCUAUCGACGCUCUUCAAAACUGUAAUAUGUCUAUUUUCCCUUCUACUUUCAAACUUUUACAGAUUCUAGCAACACUCCCAGUUACAACUGCUAGCAGUGAACGAUCUUUUUCAACGUUAAAAAGAUUGAAAACAUAUUUACGAAACACCACGUGUGAAAAUAGAUUGAAUGGUUUGGCAAUGAUGAAUAUACACAGUGAUAUAAUGAUAGACCCUGAUGAUGUCCUAAAUAAAUUAGCGACUAAAACAAGAAAACUACGAUUGAUGUAA